AUGCCCGGGGAUGCACACCACGGCAAUGCGCAGGCGCCGCUUGCAGGUGUUGUUCUGUGCAGCACCGCAAUUCCCGUCGAGCAGCGAGAUGAAUACGCCCAGAUUGCGGUCCAGAUGGGCGCUACCUUCAAAUACGACCUCACUUCCGACGUUACCCAUCUCCUCAUCGGCAGCACCGACACCCCCAAAUACAAGUACGUCGCCAAAGAGAGGCCCGACGUCGUGGUUGUGACCUCAACAUGGCUCGAGGCUGUGCGCGAGUCUUGGAUGAAAGGAGGGGAUACCGACGUGGGAGCAUUGGAGCAUGAACACCGCGUCCCCACCUUCGACGGCCUCAAGAUCUGCUUGACCGGCUUCGAUGAGAUGCUCCAAAGGCAGUACAUCGCGGAAACGGUCCAACAACACGGCGCGGAAUACCAUGGGGAUCUCACCAAGAGUGUCACGCAUCUCAUCGCGGCUACUGCUAGUGGUAAAAAGUACGAAUAUGCCAAGAUAUGGAAGAUAAAAGUUGUAGCGCUAGAAUGGCUCCAGCAGAGCGUUGAGAGGGGCAUGGCUUUGGAAGAAGGUUAUUAUGAUCCACGCAUGCCGCCGGAGGAGCGCGGCAGAGGCGCAUGGAACCGCAACGCCAAUGCAUCCGUCGCAUUGGGGAAGCGAAGCCGAGAUACGGACCUGGCAAAAUCAGAUCUUGAUCCCAACCCGCGAAGAAAAUUACGCCGCGCAGCCAGCUCGAGACUGGGGGGCCAAAAUGGGUCCAUCUGGACAGAGAUCACCGCUGGGGGGUUCUCCGGAAAGCAGACCGAAAGCGAUGAGUGGAAUGCCCACGUGGAUGAUAGUCACGAUAAUCUGCUUCUCGACAGAGGUCGUGUUGUACAGAAGGUCGAUGCGAACCCCGGUGCAGCGGCACAGUCCGAGGGACCAAAGAACGGCCGCUCAACAACUACCGAUAUGGCUCCACCAUUACGUGGGCUUUCGUUGAGACCUCGUGAUAGGAUUUUCCAAGGACGCGUGGUGUUUAUCCAUGCCUUUGACGAUGCCAAGACAUCCAUUCUCGUAGAACAUCUGAGCAGUCACGGUGCCGCCGUGAUCCGAAAAUCCGUGGACCUCAACUCAGAAUCAGACGAUGAUCUGAGCCAGGGCUACCUCAUCGUGCCGCAUGAACUUGCGUUGACCAGUGUGCCGGAUCCGCCGGAACCAGCCGAUAAGCUAAUCAGGGUGACGGAAUUCUGGGUUGAGAAAUGCUUACACAGAAAGCAAUUGGUAGACCACUCAGACGUUCUUUGCCGACCAUUCUCCAUAAUUGGCAUUGAAGGGUUUGACAGCAUGGUCAUAAACUCAACAGGCUUUUCUGGAACGGAUCUGCUUCACGUGGUAAAGACUGUGGGGCUCAUGGGCGCAACGUAUGAAGAAACUCUGACAACACAAACAUCGGUCGUGAUCUCCAACACCCCUACACCCCACAAAGAAAAACUCACAUACGCGAGAGAAAACAACAUUCCAAUAGUUUCUACCAGUUGGCUCCGGGAUUGUAUUGAAUCUGGCGAAAAGCUUCCGUUUCGCAAAUAUAUAUUACUAGCAUGUCGAGCACCUCAAGCAAACAAGGCCCCGUGCCCGUUUGUAGAAGAACCCACCGCACCUCUAUCCGAGGAGGAUAAAGAAAAGCUGAGGAAGACUAAGCAGCCGUCGACGGCGGAUAAGCCACAGGGGGCAACCAAACCCGCCCCCAAAGACAAAAGGCCCAUGAAAAGGGCCAACACCCUCGACCUCGUCGCAUCCAACCCAACACCCGAAUCCGCAGGACACGACGAAUCAAACGACGCCGAAGAGACCCCCACCUUCCCCUUCGACGCCUCCGCAUCCGCGCCGCUGCAAGAACUAGCUCCAGAAGUCAAUUCACCCCGCAGACCAUCCAUCCACUCCGCCCACUCAAACUCCACGACAAAUAGCUCCUCCAAGCUCACCUUAGCACCUGAACCCGCAGAACAGGAGCCAACUCCCGCUUCCGUCAUACCAUCAAAGGCCCAAGAAUCCCUCGAUUCCGUCAUCAUCACCCUCCUCGCUCAGAAGCAAGCCGCUUCAGCCGCCUCCGCGGCUCAGCCUACAGAACCGAACUCCCGCCGCCGCAAGCGCGGGCUCCUUGGCCGCGCGACAUCGGCGACAUCAAAUCCAUCCACCUCUGCGUCUUUCUCAGGACCGAAUUCACUUGAUAUCGAGAAGCUCCAGCAGGCCGUUGAUGAGGAUGAGGGUGGCGAACAAGAGCAGGGGCAGCAGGAUUCGAUUCCUAAGGAGUACAUGCCUUCGCAGUCGCUGUUGUACGAGGACCCGAGCGUGCAGGCUGCGCGAGAGAAGAUGAUUCGGAAGAUGGGUGGGACAGUAGAUGAAGUGACGGGGGUGGUGGGGCCGAUUGGGGUUGUGAGGGAUGUGGUUAGUGAGGCUGUGGUAGGGGGAAGGGGGGCAGGGAGGCGGAGGAAGCUGUGAGCGUAUAGAAGUGUAAGAGAUCGUAAGUGUAGGGCGCGAUGUGGGAGUUUGUGGGUGUGUACAAUACCCGAAGAAUGCGAGAAUGGAUCUGUUGCGCACUUUACAUUGCCUCGUCAUGGAUCUUCGUACAUUCGUUUGACGCUGCAUGAGGAGCCUUACAGUAUUUUCGGCUUUCCGAAUGAGAGGGAAGUUCGGCAUUUUGGACAGCUCGUAAGCUCGCGAGGCUACCCCAGACAGCGUCAGCAGGGUGCACGCAGAAUCCCUCGGAGAACGGAACCAUGGCACCCACGUAAGUCAAGAAAUAGGUCAAGAG